UCUCUCUCUCUCUCUCUCUCUCUCGUUCUUUUUCUUCUCUUCCACUAUCACUAACUCGUCAUCUUGGCAGCAAUGAGUUCCAUGCCCAAGAUACUGUGCACUGUACGCGCACUCCACCCGUUCCAAUCCCCUGAGCAAUCUUCAUUGAGUUUUGAAAAGGGCAAUUUGAUUGAUGUACUUGCCCAGCUGGAAUCGGGUUGGUGGGAUGGGUGGUGCAACGGUGCGCGAGGUUGGUUCCCUAGCAACUAUGUCGAGAUGAUCAAUGUCAAUCCCGAAAUGGCAGACACGGUCAUGCCUACAGCUGCUCGACAACAGCAGCCGCCGCCACAACAACAACAACCACAUUUUCAAACACGUGCUCGAAAGGGUAGUAUCGACAGUCGUCUAGAGAGAAAACCGUUUGAUCAGGAUCAACGAUUACCGGACGUACCUGAAAAGAACGAAGACGAUACAGCAGCGAUAGCGGCAGCAGCGGCAGCGGCAGGCCAUUAUUUCUAUGAUCCAAUGACAAACAGUGUCCAAUACCACAACAAUGGGUCUAUCGCAGGCGACUCGGACGAUGAAGAUCACUUUGUCGACGCUCGUUCGCAUGAUCGCGGUCGUAAUUUAUCGCGCGCCAGUAUCGAUUCCGCUUUGGCAAUCAGCACGAAUAUGACUAACAAUGCAAGCACAACCACCGUAACAGCAGCAACGAUGCUCGCUACUAAUAAUGAGGUUGAUGAAGAUAAGAUGGAUGCAAGUCAUAUCAUGUCACAAUGGGUUGAGCGUGUCACGCCUCAAGGCAGAACUUACUACUGUAACCUGGUCACCCAGGAGACCACGUGGGAUAGAGAGGAAAUUGACAAAUCCACAGGUCGCUUGCAAAAAAAUGGCGACGAAACUGAUUCAGAAGACGAACAAGAUACCCCGCGCAAAGCAUCCCGCGAUACAGAGAGCUUUAUUAUCAACGGCAACCAAUCCAUUUCCACCGCAGCGACAGAUCAAAGCGAGCCACUGACAUGGCAAAAGUUAUCUGGAGAUGUGGCACUUGCCAUCCAUCAAUUGAAUGUCACUGCACAACAAAACUUGCGCGAGCUUUUUAUCGAACAUACCGGCAUUGUUGUCGAAACAAUCCGUCUUAUGCUCUAUGCUGCUGGUCUCAUAGAGAAAGACUCACAUCAUACCCAAGAUCAUAUGCUCAGAAACCCACAUCGUGCUGUCAUGGCAUCCUUGUCCAAACUGGUGCUUUCGGCGCGUAUUGCUGCUGAUAUACCUGCUACACCCCCUUCUUCGCCACCCGGCAAUAUUAAUCCAAUGAUGGCUGCCAUCAACAAUAACAAUAACAACCAUACCAACAGUGCGUCGGCAGCGUCAGAAACCGUGUUUAAAUUACAAAAGGAUGCAGGCGAUGUACUGGCUGCUGUACGCAACUUUGUCACUGCUUGCCAACAACGACAGAUCCGUGUCGAACAUAUGACGCCUCGGUUUGUCGAAGAUUUUGAUAACAGCCCAUCGAUAGCACCGCCAGUAACGAUGACUACAACGAUACCCGUACCAGGCGAUCCAGCAGAUGAGCCGGAGGGCGACGAGGAUAAAGUCGGUACCACCAGUACGAUUAGCGGCAGCACAAAAGUAUCCAACGGCAGUGGCAACAACGUACCGACCUCUGCACCCACCAUCCCAACACCGACUAAUUCAACCACAUCACAGGGCAAUAGUAACACCAACAAUAACAACAGCAAUAAAACAAAAUACCGAUUAAAUCAGGAUCUGAUUGUGAGUUUGCAAACGCACGCAAACCAGAUUUAUGGAUCGACCGAAGCACUGGCUGCAGGCACAGCCCAUGCGAUCGAAAUCCAACACGAAAACGAACUUGACGGCAACAAUUUCCUCGAUAGUCAAGAAAAAGCCCGCGAAAGCAUCGUGAUGCUCUUCCGCACCCUUUCAGAACAAAUAAGCAAGUAUUUGGGCAUUCUGGAAGGCAUCAGUUUCGACGUUGAUCACACGCAAGUUCCCGCCGUUUCACGUUUCAAGCUGGAGCGACAGCAAUUAUACAAUGCUUUUGGUCGACUGUUUAAUGCUAUUCAAGUGCUCAGUGACUCGGGUGUGGCUUUGUCGAGAGCUAUCACAACCAUUGAUGAGACCAAUGCGGAAAUCGAGGAAGCAUUGGAACGACUCUUUUCUAGUGUGCAACAGAUGGUCGGUCAACGUCGUAUGUGGUUGUCGAGACGUGGCACAUCUGAUACCAAGGAAUCGCUUACAAACGAUAAUGCUAGCAGUAGCUACAGCAAUCCACUGUCGCCCGCGUUCUCAGAUCCUUGGUCGCCCCCGCCAAUGCCAACGCCUCAAGAUACCGAUUAUGAUAGCGAUACUUUGGAAACAGUGAUCAGCACGAGUUCGUCUAAUUUACUUCCACGCGGUCGAUCAUACCGUCACCAACAACGUCAGCAACAGUCGCCCAAUUUUGCUGCCUCGUUGCGUAUUCCGGGCAAUGAUUCCGCUGGUUCACCACAGCGCCAACGACAGCCUAGCACAAAGCCCACUGAUGUCAUGGCUACAGAAGCUCAAUGGUUUCUUGGCCAUGAGUAUGCAUCUGACGAGGUUGUUUUCAGCUCGGAUGGUAAAGUCAAGGGUGGUACACUAUCUGCUUUGGUCGAACGCUUAACUCUCCACGAUACGCUUGAUACAUCGUUCAUUGCCAACUUUUUGUUGACCUAUCGAUCAUUCUGUACAACUGAAGAAUUUGUCAAUAUGUUGGAGAAGCGGUAUAUGAUCACAGCACCUGAAGGCUUGACUCCACAAGAACUCGAAGCCUGGACGGAUAAAAAACAAAAGCUUAUUCGAUUACGUGUCUUCAACGUCAUGAAGAGCUGGCUGGAAAAUUAUUAUAACGACGAAGAUGAAUUUAUUUUGGACCGACUCGAAUUCUUCACCAACACGGUGAUCCGAGACGCCUCUGCAUUCUCUGCGGAUCAAUUGAACCGUCUCAUCCUGAAACGACGUGAAAUCGAUGCGGAUGAUGGUUUAAAGAAACUAGUGCCCAACAACAUGGCUGGCCCUGCACCAAUCAUGCCCAAGAACGUGACGGCGCAAAUCAGUCUCCUGGAUACAGAUCCAUUAGAGUUGGCCCGUCAGCUCAGUAUCUUGGAUUUUAAAUUGUACAGCAGCAUCCGCCCAAUCGAGUGCUUGAACAAAGCUUGGUCGCGCGAUGACCAAGAUCUGGCAUUUCAUGUCAAACAGUCGAUUGAUUACUGUAAUCGUCUGACAGCUUGGGUCACAGGAUCCAUUUUGGAGCAUGGCGAAGCCAAGCGACGCGUAGUGAUUAUUAAGCAUUGGGCCAUGGUAGCAGACCGCUGCCGUAUGCUCAACAAUUAUAACACAUGCAUGGCGAUCUUCUCGGCCUUUGACAACAGUGCUGUGGGCCGUCUGCGACGUACCUGGGAAAUUGUCGGCAACCGUACUCAACAAACCCUCAACUAUAUCCGUAAACUGAUGGGCGCCAACCGCAAUUUCACCGAAUACCGUGAAAUGAUCCAUUCCGUAAAUCCACCUUGUAUCCCAUUUUUGGGCAUCUAUCUCCAAGAUUUGACGUUUAUUGAAGACGGCAAUCCAGACUGUCUUGCUAAAUCAACCAACCUGAUCAAUUUCGCAAAAAGACAAAAGACGGCCGAGGUGAUUCGUGAAAUCAAACAAUUCCAGUCAUCGCCCUAUACUUUGCAAGUCGUGCCCUUAAUACAGCAUUUCAUCAAGUCUCAGUUGGAAGCCAGUUUGGAUGUCGAGGCAUUGUAUGAACGCAGUUUGGAGCUGGAGCCCAGAACCACCACAGCUGCGGCAGAGGCGGCACGCUUACUGGAGAUGAUCAAUUAAAUUAAAAAAGAAUACAUUUUACAAUAAUAAUAAUUAUAAUGAUAGUUAGUAUAAGUUAAUAUUAGAUGACGAUACCGGUGAAAAUAUCGUUUCUUUAAGAAAAAAAUCUUUGGAUUUUGUAUAAAUCAACAUUGUACGUAAAUAUUUGAUAUGUUUCCUCCUCUAUCUAUUUUGGUUGGUGCUGCUCUAGUACUACUGCAACCACUACUGUACCAUAUUAUACUGUAA